UAUGGCACAAGGUCUAGGCUUUGCCUGGACUUGGGCCCCAAACAAAUUUAUAAACUUGCACUUCACAGGGAUCUUGGAUUAUACAUUAAAAUGGCUAAAGAUCAUUGAGAAAAAUGGUACACCAAGAUUUCGAAAUAAUCCACUAAAGAAAAAACUUCUUGACAUACAAGCACCAUCUCUACCUGAACUAAUGAGGGAGUUAAAUUACAUGCCCUCUAGUCAUAUUCCAGAAAUUAACCAUAUCACAGACAGGAUAUAUAACAUUAUAAAGGGCUCUGAAAAAAUUAAUAGAGCCCAGAAGGGUUUUGAAAAUCAAGGCCUAAUGAAAAACUUCCUCAACAAUCAUCCUAACAUUAUCAUUAAACCAGCUGAUAAAGGAAGAAGGAUUGUCUUAAUGGACAAAGAGGACUAUGUCUUUGAAGCCAUGACACAGCCUCUGUGA